CAUAGUUGGACAGCUCAGAUCUGUUGUAUGAAGCGAUGCCGGUAGCGAAGGGGGUGUGUGAACCUGAUUGGUGGCACCUGGCACUGCUGGCCUUCACCAAGCUUUCAAAUAUCAGCCACCUGCUGUUGUCUCUCUACUGGGCUCCACAUCUCCAGUUUUAGUGACAUUGAAGAUGCUGCAGAGGACCUGAGGGUCCACGAGGGGACAGGAAAUUAUGCUCCAUGAUCAUCUUUCAAGUGGCUGCAAGUGGAAGAAAAGCUUUGGUGACACCUGAUAACUAAUGUCCCUCAGGAGUAGUCUUCGGGGGCUGAGGGCUGAUCGGAGUGUUAUUCUCCACUGGCAGAUUUAGACCUGGAAAAAAAUACAGUUACCAUGGGCGUCUCACCUGUGGAAUUAAUUAUCGGCGCAAAGAUAGGGGAAGGCUCUCUAAGCUUCUGCUCAUUUCCUCAUAAACAAGCUCCACUGCAACGUCUCUCAUCUCAUCUGUUCAGGACUCUAACCAGGAAGCUGCAAUGCCGAGCCAGCUGGAGGGUGCAAUGGAUGCACUGAUAACGGUUUUCUACAACUACUCCGGAAGCGAUGGAGACAGAUAUAAGCUCAACAAGGGAGAGUUGAAGGAGCUCCUCAACAGCGAGCUCACCGACUUCCUCACGUCUCAGAAGGAUCCGAUGCUGGUGGAGAAAAUCAUGAAUGACCUGGACUCUAACAAAGACAACGAGGUGGAUUUCAAUGAGUUUGUGGUGUUGGUGGCCGCUCUGACUGUUGCCUGCAACGACUUCUUCCAAGAGCAGCAGAAGAAAAAGAAGUAGACGUCUACAGAAAUAAUCCGCUACCUGUAAAUCUUGUCAAUGUCGUGCAAUUAAAAACAGAACAGUAAAUGUCCCGUCAGUAGAAUAAGUUAUAUUAGGAUACCCCAAGUAUGUAGCAUUGUGAAUGUAAUACUUAGGAAAUAGACACUCUACCCCAAAGUCACAAUAGAAGAUGUUGGUACCAAAUUCAGCCUGGAGCUGUUAAACAACGACUUAGAUGGGAUAGAUGUAUAGAUCUUAGAUGGGAAAUAUGUGAAUUUUAAAACCUAAAAGCUGCAAUAAAUGCAGGAUGUGUAUUAUCCCAUGUCUCAAGAAUCACUGGUCUAAAUGCAGAGCUUCUUCUGAUAAAAAUUAAAGUAGUGUUUAUAUUAGCGUUAUCUUUGUUACUUGGAAAUAAAAAAGGAAAAUUAA